GCAACAUUAUUAUUAACUCAAGUUUUUUUCAAAUUUGCUAGUUCCAUGGCAACGAUGGAGAGAUUCAAGUUCCUAGCGACGCAUUGUGAAGUUCCACAGAGCCCGACACGAAGUCCAAGCCCAAGCCCUAGGACAAGUCCUUUGGUACAGUUUCGUCGUAAGAAGACAACCUUAAAGAUGCUUUUGAGUUUUAUACCGCCGAGCCGUCGAGAGCAGCCGCUGAUUCAUCAGGCUCGUUCAUUAGCAGCUGAUAAAGACGUAGCUGGACGCAAACUGAGAGACUUAUUCGUUUCUUCGUCUCCUGUAGAGGAAGAAGAAGUUAAGAAGAGUCCGAAGGGGAAAACAAAAGAAGAAGUUCUUGCAGCCAAUGCAACUAAGUUAAACGCAGCUGCUAGUUCACAACCGGUUUGGUUGGGAAUCAGCAAGCGGCUUCUCCAGCGAGCUUGGCGUCCUAAGCUUGGUACCAUUCCUGAGUAAUGUU